AUGUCUUCCGGUGGGACAAAAGUUCUCGUCACUCUUACCUCGGUGGCUUGUGGUGCUGUGGCGUUUGUUGCCCUGAUUUCCGUUGGAGUUCUCUAUCAAGAGAUCAAUGAUUUCUAUGAUGAGGCAAGGAGGGAUUUGAUCGAAUUCCAGGUAUCAGCAAAUGGUGCUUGGGAGGAUAUGUUGAUCGGGAUGACGAUGGGAAAUGGACACAGUAUGCCGAGAAAUUUGAACUCUUUCGUGAACGGGCGUCAUAAGAGAUCUGGAGAUAAGUGCCAAUGCUCUCCACCACCACAGAGUUGCCCACAAGGACCACCUGGACCAAAGGGACCAAAUGGAGACUCAGGCCCUGAUGGAAACCCCGGACAACCGGGAAAUCCUGGACGCAAAGGAGAACGCAUUGGAGAGAAUCCAUUUGUGCCAAAGGACUGCCAGAAAUGCCCACCCGGACCACCAGGACCCUUUGGACCUGAUGGACCUGCAGGCCCAGCCGGCACUCCCGGUCAACCAGGAGAUGAUGGACAACCAGGAAAGAACGGAGAUCAAGGACCACCCGGAAUGGCUGGAACACCUGGACAAAAUGGAAACCCCGGAGGAAAGGGACAACCUGGAGGACCGGGUCGAAACGGACAACGCGGUCAUGGUCAGCCUGGCCCCAAGGGACCCCAGGGACAACCCGGACAGCCUGGAAGAGCCGGACAACCUGGACAAAAUGGAAACCCUGGAAAUCAGGGAGCACCCGGAGGACCAGGGCAACCGGGAAACAAUGGACAACCCGGACAACCAGGAGAUGCUGGAGAUGCUGGAAUCGACGGUGCCCCGGGAUCCGACGCCGCAUAUUGUCCAUGUCCACCAAGGAGCACCGUGGCUACUUUCGGCGAUCAUCCAAAUGGACCAAACGGGCCAAACGGGCCAAAUGGACCAAAUGGAGGACCAAACGGACCACAGACAUCGAAUACAGGAUAUGGUGGAGAGCAGCCACCUGCACCAACCGGACCACAGGCAUCGAAUACAGGAUAUGGUGGAGAACAGCCACCUGCACAGAAUCCACAAACAAGUCCCACUGGAGGGUAUAUCUUC